GCAUUGUGCAAACUUGAAGCAAAGAAGAGUAUUUUCAAGACAUCUCCAAGUUCUUAAUUAGCAGCAUGGGCUCUGUUCCAUCCAUUAAAGACGUUCUUGGUGAGCUUAAGAAGGAAUCAUACAUUCCUUUACUGUCGAAGCUCAUCGGCGAGGCAGAGUUCGUUCAGAACAACCCGCCCGACCUGAUUCCUGAAGAAGAUAAGAUUGUAAAUCACGUCCUUGAUGUUCUGAAUCCUUUCAGCAUUGACAAUGGCGGAUCCUUGAUCAUCAAACAAGUCAACUAUGCUGAUAAGCGUGGAAAUUUGAUUAUUGAAUAUCCAGGAACUGUUUCGGGAAAAGUCAUCUCCUUCGUCGGAAGUCACAUGGAUGUCGUCCCUGCUAAUCGCGACACUUGGGAAUUUGAUCCAUUCUCAUUGAGUAUUGAUGGGGAUAAACUACGAGGACGUGGGACUACAGAUUGUUUGGGACAUGUUACUCUUUUAACUGAACUCUUGAAGAAGAUCGCAGAAACUAAACUAAAAUUGAAGUCAUCUGUUGUUGUUAUAUUCAUUGCCUCUGAAGAGAACAAUUUAAUCCCAGGAAUUGGAGUAGAACAACUUUAUGCAGAUGGAUACUUUAAUCAUUUAAAAGGAGGCCCUCUAUAUUGGGUUGACGCAGCAGAUUCACAACCUUGUAUUGGAACUGGUGGUUCAAUACCUUGGUCAAUCAAAACCACUGGAAAACUUUUUCACAGUGGUAUGCCAAACAAGGCUAUUAAUGCUUUGGAGCUAGCUAUGGAUGCUCUCAAACCAAUCCAAUUAAAUUUUUAUGAAGAUUUUCCUGCUGAUUCUAGGGAAUCAGAUUAUGGAUUUGAAACGCCAUCAACAAUGAAACCAACCCAAUGGAGUUAUCCAGGAGGUGGUCUUAAUCAAAUUCCAGGAGAAUCUACUAUCGCAGGAGAUGUAAGGUUAACUCCCUUCUAUGAGGUGAAAGAUGUUGUGGCAAAGAUCCAAGCUUAUGCUGAUGACAUUAAUGCAAAUGUCGAGGAUCUGGAAUCAAGAGGCCCUGUUUCAAAGUAUACCUUACCGGAGGAAGGCAUAAGAGGAAGAAUUGAUGUAACUUUUGGGGAGCCAAUAUCGGGAAUUGCAUGUGAUGUCCAUUCUCUCGGCUUCCAAAUUUUAUCUAAUGCAACAAUGGAAGUUAUAGGAUAUGUCAAACCUUUCUCAAUUACAGGGAGUUUGCCACUUGUUCGAGAACUUCAGAAUGAGGGCUAUGAUGUUCAGACUAUAGGCUAUGGUUUAACAGAUACAUACCAUGCAGACAAUGAGUAUUGUAAUUUUAGUGAUAUGGCCAAUGGCUACAAGGUUUUUGCCAGCAUUAUCUCUCAAUUAGAAGAAGUUUGCUAAUGAACUAAGUUGUUGCAUAAAACCACUGCAGAUUAGUACUAAUAAAUAAAAUCAUCUGCCGAAUAAUUAUGCUUUGUAUUGAUCUCUUUUCAAUGCUUCUCUUGAUGUAUCUGUAAUUUGUAUUUCAAUAAAGACAACAAUAAUAUUAAAGCUAUGUUUGUUUA